AUGUUGCCAACACUGGGCGCAAUACCGAAAUCCAGGUUGGCAUUAACGUUCUCACAAGUGAUGACGGCCCGUCAGAUUGCUUUGCGUUUGAAAGAAGCAUUUGAAGAAAUGGGAGGUUUGUUGAACAAGGAUCGUAAAAUAAACAACAGACAAUGUUCAGAUAUCUUGGAAAAAACAGUAACAGCCACCUUCAUCAAGUCAACUAGUGUUGGAUUCUCUCUUGCGGCAGUGAUGCCAGGUGUCGGUUUGGCACUUUUACCUCCUAGGUUAGCUUCAUCGAUAUCUGCUAUGUUACCUAUACGAGAGGGUUAA